AUGCCGCAGCUGCUGCUGCCAGCGCUUCCUCCUCCGUCUUCGCCUGGCGCCGCGGGUUCCUGCCGCCCGAGCGGCGGGGAGUGCAGUGGCCGCCGCCUCUUCCGCCGCCGGGCUCGGGGCCUCCGCACCGACAACAUGGAGGCUGUGAAAAUCUUCAACAGCGAGGAUUGUGCCUCUACUCCUGCUUGUACAGACUGCUUUUCCAGCAGCAUGGACACAAGAAGCAUAUUAUAUUCCCUGAAUGACUACAAACCACCGAUUUCUAAAGCAAAAAUGACUCAAAUUACUAAGGCAGCCAUCAAAGCUAUUAAGUUCUAUAAACAUGUGGUACAGAGUGUUGAGAAAUUCAUUCAGAAUGUAAACCCAGAAUACAAGGUACCGUGGACUUAUGUAUUGACUUCCAAGUGUACGACAAUGCUCGGACAUCAGGGUGGUCAAGAAAGGAUGUCUUUAGGCAACGCGAGAUUUAGGAAUAACAUCAUUUCAACUUUCCAGAAUUUAUAUCGUUGCUGCCCUGGGGAUGACACGAGUAAAAUAGUAAGAGUAUUAAACUUAUGGCAGAAGAAUAAUGUAUUUAAGAGUGAGAUUAUUCAGCCUCUUUUGGAUAUGGCAGCGGGGAUUCCGCCGCCAGUUGUCACCCCGGUCCUGGCCGGCACCACAGCUGCGAUGAGCAACACCCCAGGAACUCCUGUGACACCUGUUACUCCAGCCAACGUGGUCCAAGGUUUGCCUGAUCCGUGGGUAUCCCAGAUAGCAAAUACAGACACGCUCACAGCUGUGGCUCAGAUCUUGCAAAGUCCUCAGGCCAGCCAGUUUCAGCAGUUAAUACAGACUUUACAGAUACAACAGCAGAAGCCUCAGCCGUCCAUUCUGCAGGCCCUGGAUGCUGGUCUUGUUGUUCAGCUGCAGGCUCUGACCGCACAGCUCACGGCUGCCGCUGCGGCAGCCAACACCCUCAACCCCUUGGAGCCGGGAGUGUCUUUUAACAAGAAGUUGAUGGAUAGGUUUGAUUUUGGGGAAGAUUCUGAACAUAGUGAAGAACCCAAAAAAGAAAUUCCAACUUCUCAGCUUUCUCAUGUUUCAGAAUCUGUGAACAAUUCCAUUUUUCAUCAGAUAGCAGAGCAACUACAGCAGCAAAACCUUGAACAUCUCAGGCAGCAGCUCUUGGAACAGCAACAGCCUCAAAAGGCGACCCCUCAGGACAGUCAAGAGGGAACCUUCGGGUCAGAGCAUUCCGCGUCCCCGUCGCAGGGGAGCAGUCAGCAGCACUUCCUCGAACCGGAAGCAAAUUUGGAUGAUUCCAUAGACAUUCAACAGCAGGACAUGGAUAUAGAUGAAGGGCAAGAGGGAGUGGAAGAGGAGGUCUUUGAACAAGAAGCAAAGAAAGUGGCUGUUCGCUCGAGAUCAAGAACACAUUCACGCUCUCGUUCAAGAUCACCCAGAAAACGGAGGUCUAGGUCACGAUCUGGUUCUCGAAAGCGGAAGCACCGCAAGCGGUCGCGCUCGCGCUCACGAGAGAGGAAGAGGAAGUCCUCGCGCUCGUACUCCAGCGAGAGGCGGGCCCGGGAGCGCGAGAAGGAGCGCCAGAAGAAGGGGCUGCCGCCCAUCAGGUCCAAAACGCUGAGUGUCUGCAGUACUACUCUCUGGGUUGGUCAGGUGGACAAGAAGGCGACACAACAGGAUUUAACCAACCUUUUUGAAGAGUUCGGACAGAUUGAAUCCAUUAAUAUGAUUCCUCCCCGGGGCUGCGCUUAUGUCUGCAUGGUUCAUCGACAAGAUUCAUUUCGGGCGCUUCAGAAACUUAGUUCUGGGUCGUACAAAAUUGGGUCCAAGGUCAUUAAGAUUGCUUGGGCUUUAAACAAGGGUGUGAAAACAGAAUACAAGCAAUUCUGGGAUGUGGAUCUUGGAGUGACAUAUAUACCGUGGGAAAAAGUUAAAGUGGAUGACUUGGAAGGUUUUGCAGAAGGAGGCAUGAUUGACCAGGAGACUGUCAAUACUGAGUGGGAAACUGUGAAAAGCUCAGAGCCUGUAAAAGAGACCGCCCCGACAACUCAAAGCCCGCCUCCAGUUGAGAAGGAGACGGUGGUCACAACCCAGGCAGAGGUUUUCCCUCCACCUGUCGCUAUGUUACAGAUUCCAGUAGCACCAGCUGUGCCUACCGUUAGCUUAGUCCCACCAGCAUUUCCUGUGUCCAUGCCGGUUCCUCCUCCUGGCUUCAGUCCAAUCCCUCCACCUCCUUUUCUACGAGCAAGUUUCAACCCUUCACAACCGCCUCCUGGCUUCAUGCCGCCGCCAGUCCCACCACCGGUCGUACCGCCACCCACUAUUCCCCCAGUGGUACCCACACCUUUAGUGCAGCCACCAUUAUCCAUGACUCCAGAAGCUGUGAAGGAGGUUGGAUUUGGUAGCCUAGUUUUACCAGGUGGUCCUGUUGCCGGCAGUCUUGCUGCUUCCACUCUGCCAGCCGGAAAUGUUUUUAACCCUGCUAAACAAGCAGAGCCUGAAGAAAAAGUACCUCAUCUUAUAGACCACCAGAUUUCUUCUGGUGAAAACACCAGAUCAGUGAUUCCAAAUGAUAUUCCAAGUAGCCCUGCGAUUUUAGGGCAGCCGCCAAAUAUGACAAGCAGUGCUGGAAUUCUUGGAGUUCAAAGACCAAAUGUAUCGAGUAAUCCUGAAAUUCUUGGAGUCCGGCCAUCUAACGUUUCCAGUAGUUCUGGGAUUAUUGGAGUCCAGCCACCAAAUAUUCUGAAUAACUCCGGAAUUUUGGGAAUACAGCCGCCAAGUGCUUCGAGCAGUUCCGGACUCUUGGGAGUGCUGCCCCCCAGCAUCCCCAACAACUCUGGACUUGUCGGCGUACAGCCACCGAAUAUCCCCAACGCAUCUGGACUUUUAGCAACACAGCCACCAGCUGGGCCUCAAAACUUACCCCCUUUGAGUCUCUCUAGUCAAAGGAUGCCUGUAAUGCCCAUGUUAGACCUUCGUCCAGGACUGAUGCCACAGGCACCUGGACCAAGAUUUCCAUUACUACAGCCUGGAAUUCCGCCCCAGCGAGGAAUCCCUCCCCCAUCGAUACUUGAUUCGGCUCUUCAUCCACCACCCCGUGGUCCUUUUCCUCCAGGAGAUAUUUUUAGUCAGCCAGAAAGACCUUUUCUAGUUCCUGGAAGGCAAAGUAUAGACAAUAUUAAUAAUCCAGAAAAAAGGAUACCACUUGGGAAUGAUAACAUUCAACAGGAAGGAGAUAGAGAUUACCGGUUUCCUCCUAUAGAAACCAGGGAAAGCAUGAGUAGACCUCCCCCGGUGGAUGUUAGGGAGGUGGUUGGACGGCCUGUAGAUCCAAGAGAAGGUCCUGGAAGACCCCCACUAGAUGGUAGGGAUCAUUUUGGAAGACCUCCUGUAGAUAUUAGAGAAAAUCUUGUGAGGCCGGGUAUGGAUCAUCUUGGUCGAAGAGACCACUUUGGCUUUAAUCCGGAGAAACCGUGGGGGCCGAGAGAUUUUGAUGAGAGAGAGCAUCGAGUCCUACCUGUCUUCGCUGGGCCAAAAGGCUUACAUGAAGAAAGAGCUCGAUUCCGGUCCGGAAACUAUCGUUUUGAUCCCAGAAGUGGUCCUUGGAACAGAGGAUUUGGGCAGGAAGUGCACAGGGAUUUUGAUGACCGCAGAAGACACUGGGAGAGGCAGCGGGAUAGGGAUGACAGAGAUUUUGACUUCUGCAGAGAAAUUAACGGAAAUCGUCUUGGAAGAGAACGAAUUCAAAACACCUGGGUCCCCCCUCCUCAAGCUCGGGUCUUUGAUUUCUUUGAAGGGGCCACUUCUCAACGAAAAGGUGAUAAUGUGCCUCAGGUUAAUGGUGAAAAUGCUGAGAGACAUGCUCAACCACCACCUUUGCCAGUACAGAAUGAUCCCGAACUUUAUGAGAAACUGACAUCUUCGAGUGAAAUAAACAAGGAGAAGAGUGACACAGUUGCUGAUAUAGAAAGUGAACCAGUGGUAGAAAGCACAGAAACUGAGGGGACAUAAUCAUCACUCAGUAGGUAAAAGAUACCUUUUGUAAAGUUGUCAUCUCUCUGUAAUAGCUUAAUGGCUGACUGGACCAUAGUUGUUCACUUUUGUCUGCCAGAAUUAAGUUAAUCUGAUGUUCCUGUUCACUUUUCUCUUAAAAUAAUUGUACAACUGACUUGUAUAGACAUUGUUCUUAAUAUGAACAUGGUAGGUAAACAUUUUUUAUUUUUCUGAUAAAGUAUAAAUGUUGCCCCCUGAUUCUUUUAACUUCAAGGAAAUGAAUAACAGCUUGUCAGAGACUUCCUAUGGAAGAAAGGAAUUUUUAGAUACUACCAUUAGGUUGGAUAUGGCAAUAGAUAUAUUUCAAAAUAGCAAGUCAUGGUAUAUCUUAUCCCAUAUCUUUAGGCUGCUGCAGAAUUUUAAGGUAAUAGACCAAGCUGUGAUAUUUUAUGCAAAGACUGGCUCUAGGUAUUUGAGGAGCACAAUACAGAGAUUUUAAAAAGUGAUUUUGUAAAAUCUACACUAUGGUCUCUGUUUCUCCAAAGUAAGUGUUUGUGAUUUGUUCCUCAUACUACAUACAGUGAGUACAAAGAAAUAAGAAAACAACAACGUAAAUAUUAAAGUACGUUUCAAUGUUGGGUGAAUUUUGUUUUUAGAUGCCAAUAAAACUUACUUGUUUGAUAACAGU